AGUGCAAAUGCUUUUACUUUGUCUUGAAAGGAAACUAACUUCCACUUUGACUUUUUCCACUCUUGAGAUGCAGUAAUCAUUCAGUCAUCUGGUUUGUUUUCUCUCGGAUUUAUCCCACAGCUGGAGAAAAUCUCUCAGUUUCUGAUCGUUUGUAAACGUACUUGGAUUACUUCUAGAAGUAAGGAUUGCAAUUGGCUCUCCUGGUCCUCACCACUCCCCCCGCAUGGAGCCUGGGGCGGCGCGGGGGAUAGUCUUGGAGGGGAACGUGUGAAACAAAAUGACUUGCACCCGACCAAAUCCCAAAGCUCAUCACUGCCUCGCCUGAAAACUAGUUGCAGUUCCAGACGCGUGCUGCAGCUGUCCAAAAAGCAGCUUGGGCUACGUUUAUUAGUAUUCUACUCGUGCAUUCGCUUUAGCCACCACGCCACUAUGCUUGGGAAAUGGAAUUCACGACGCUGCAUGGAGCUGAAGACAGUGCGGAUCUCAUUCUGAGCAAAAUCGCCGCCUGAAUGAAGGCUCCGAGCAGGAGGCGGGCCGCACCUCGAGGAGAAUGAACGCAGGUGACUUGACCUUCGGGGAGGAGCAGGAGCGAGAGUACGUCCGUGAUUUCCUCGGAGCUCCGGGCGCUGGGCUUUCGAGCGAACCCAUAGCAAGGGACCUGCGACAAAGACUGAGUAGGGCGUCGUCCUCCGAAAUCGACGAACGUGAUGAAUCACCCGCCGGCUCCUACGCGCACGUCCGGAAGCCUGCUGCUCUUUUCGGUAGUUUGAUGCUCAGGUCGAUUUAUUUCUCAAAAAACUUGAUUGGAUUCUGUUUUUCGUGCGUUCGAUCGGCACAAGGAGUUAAAGACUCGAUGCCGCUAGUUUCUAUCAAGUAUGUACGAAGAAAUGGAUUUGGCGAGUAGGUACGUCUACGUGGUCGGCGAAGUUGUUUGCGAGCGCCCCUUGCCAGUGCAGGAUUGUAAACCUGAGUCCACAAAAAUUUCACGUCGCAGGCCCUGCGCAGACGCCUUCUCCAAGGCGGCCGGAAUGUGUCACCAAAAACGCCGACGAGGACACCGACGGAAGAACGCCGAAGCGCGUGCCGUUUCGGCAGGGAAGCGAGAGCAGCUGGAACCUUGCGCCAGCAUUUAUCUUCCUGAAAGACUUUUUUACAACGACGAACAAAAUAAAGGAGGCCGCAAGGAAAGCUUGUGUUCGCAAUUCCUCGCGGCCAAGGGGCAGAGAAAGAGAUUGUAUGCGCAUCCGCAGGAGCCAAAGUGAAAGUCUGGCACCGGGAGGUGUCGCUAGGAAGGCGUCGAGAGGUCGUUUUUUUCAACCAGGCGAAAAAGAAGAAAUGAAAACAAGAAAUCCACCGAAAAAGAGACGCGCAUCUUUGAUGAGGCUAAAACUGAGUGGUUUUUUUUCCUGUGAGACAACAGACUCAGACGAGAACGACCUUGUCCUUGAAGACGAUCUACACCGUGUGCAUGUUGCAGAAAGACCCUCCAGCACUCGCACCCCUCUGAGCGUCGAGAAAAUGGUGCGGCACUACAAGUCCACUGGGUCCGGUGCAUGGAACAAGAACGCGCGCAGCUGGAACCAGCGAAACUCUGCUGCCGGUUGGCGUCAAGACGAGAACUCUGAGAGCGCGACGAAGACACAGAAUCAGUGCUCUACUUUGCCGAGCACUAGCGUGGAUGCGGACAGUAGCAAAGUAGAGUUCCAUGCUGCUGCGCGCCUGUUUCGGGAAUGGAUUUUGUCAACAACGCGAUCUUCUGCUUCGCCUUCGGCGUACAUCGAUAUCGUUGAGGAUGGCCUCCUUGCAACCGGGAACUAUCGGAUUCCAAGUAUGGAGGAGGUGGACCGGGUUUCGGAUCGCAAAAGCCUCUUUGAGUUUUUCGCCAAGUCUGUGGGUUCGCGAUUUCCUUCGGCCGUCUGCACGACAAAAGGCGCUCUGCAUGAGAUAGCAGAUAACGAGCACCCCACGGAUGGCACUGGUCGUGCACCCGCAACGCAGUCGCUGCCCCACGAGAAAUGGUUUGUCUUCUUUUAGAAUUUUUUAUCAACCGCCCUGAUGGUGUGCGACCGUCAGAGCCUAAUUCGUUCUGGUAUGCAUGCGGUAGCGAUGUCGCUGUCGACGGUUUGAUGUACGAAAAUCUUGGAGGCGCGAUUUUACCGCUAUCAGUAAGUAAGAACCAAUCCAGGCGGCGUGCGCCGCGUGGGAAAAAAAUACAAAGAACCUUCAGCGUAGGCCUAAGAUUAGCCCGAUUUGUGUGUCUGUCCUGGAAAAAUGCUACCAGUAAGUAUGUUAGAACCAAGUAAGUACCAAGACUUCAUGGGCGGCGGGAGUAAACGCAAAAUAAAUCACAGUGGAGGUAAAUGAAAAUAAAAAUGUCAUUUUUUAUUCAGGUGGGAUUGGCGUUCGACUUCGACUGCGAAUCAGCGUUCGGAUCAGCAUGCGAAGGCAGGCAAGGACGACGUGACAGGACGAAUGCAAGAAACGUCUGUAGUUUUGGAACAUCAAAAGAGAAACGGCGAGGGCUCCAGAAAUCGCAGGAAGAAAAACCUUCCGUGGGGCAACACAACAAAAGCAAAAUUAGAGGAGCUGGAGCACAAAAGAGUUGUAGAUAUCGAGCUUGGUAGGAAGCGACACGAACAACAAGACCAAGGCGCUAAUAUCGUAAAAACAAGCAGUAGCAAAAGUGCGUUGAAAGCAAGGGCAGCCUGGGAAGACGGGAAAACCUUCAAGAGAAAGGGAGAUAUAAUGUCGUCGACAAAUAGUAAAGGACAAGUGGCUCCCGCUGCGGAGAUGACUGGGGGCCCUUACAACAGCGCUUCGUCCCCUCCGCGUCUCCUGGACGAUGAAAAGUACGCUCGUUACACCUGCUGUAGUUCAAGCAAGCCAGCAGCCAAGUGGAGGACGUCGACCUCGGCGUCAGAUGGACGGGAAGAUACCUACGAGGAGCUGAGAGCCGCUUCGUACGCUGAAGUUCUCGGGGACCGCAAGCCCGCGAACCGCGAACAAGUGGACACGACCAGGUUGCAAUACAAGAAAGACUGCGGCGGGGACCCAGCGAGCAGUUGGAGCAGGUUUCAUCAAAAAUCUGGAACGAGCAGCAAGGCGUACUACGAGAAACAGGACGAAGAAUACAACAACUCCAGAAGUUCCUCCAGUUCGCACUACGACUACUACCCAGCGCAGCGCAGAUCCGCUUCACGAGAGGAGCACUAUGGAGGAGGCGGGGCCGCGCAAAGAACCCAAGAAACGGACGAGCCGCCAGCAAUGUCAAGCGGGCACGUUGACAGAAGUAGUAAAAUGAACGCAAAAGGCAAGAGUAGAUCAAGUCUUGCGCGACGACGUGCGUCCGGUAGUACCGCUCGCUGGCAGCCGUGCAAGGAUUCGCCUGAUGAAGGUCCGAGGCAAGUAGAUCUGUGCACGGAACGGAACAUUUCCGCUUUGCCUGUGCAUGACAACCUAGACGACCUCAUUCGGAAGUGCGCGGCAACUCACGCACGGCGGGUGUUGGACGAGUUCGCUCGGUACGAGAUUGCCGAGGGUCGGGGAAUGGCAUCGGCGAACGUGGACCGCAAAAACCGCCGUGUGUACCGAAUUCAGAGCGUCGACGGCAAGAUUUUGAUCAACCGGAAUGAAGAGAUGCUGGACCUGGUACCGAACGGCGGAGGAGGUUUCGUGUCCACUAGGUAUUGCCACUACCCCUUGCGCGACCCAAUCAUCGCUCAGGGCUGGUCCUCGCCGGGGUUGCCGCAGCCACUGCGCUCGCGACGCGGGGAGGCGCACGUGAAAGAAAUAGUGCCUGACUUCUUUUCGUCCCCCAAUGAGGACCGAGCUUAUACAACUUCUAGCAGGAGCGACCAGCAAGCGGACGAGAAAACCGUGGCAACGCACCUGCUGAGGAUUCCACGCGAAAGCAUUCUGUCCGAAAUCGACUGGACGAAAGAAGUUUUCUGUCGCAAGACGGGGAAGCACCGACCAGAGAACAUUCAGGAGAUCGAGUUGAGUGGCAUCCCGAAGUGGCGGUUUGACACGGCGAAAACUCCCUACGCCGUUUGGGCGCACGUCAGUUUGUCGAGCCACGCGCAGGACAAGCCGCUGCUGAUUUACCUUUGUUCUACCUGCAACGAGGACGACAACAUUUGCGGGAAGCCACCGACUAUGAACUGCAAAAGUGUCUGGGUCUGGACGAGUCAUGCUGUUUUUGCAUGACACAGAAGGCCUGGCAUGGAAGAUCUAGCAUCACAGGUUUCGAGAAGCUUCCGCAAUGCCGAAUUCGCAUUACAAAUCCCCCACUUUCCUGGUAGAAAGUGGGCAGCUUUUGCUAUCUAUGCAUGAGAGAUUUUUCUGUGUUCUGAAACGCGCAUCACAGGUUUGUAUUCUUCCAGACCCAGACACUUUUGCACUCCAUACCGACGAAGACCGCAAGAAAGGCCACCCGAACAAUGCGCCCCGGCUUGGAGUGGAUUGGGAAAAACUUCAACGUGAUUGGGCUCAUGUGGAGCAAGCAACGCGCCACCAGCUUCCGCAUGGGCCCCACUUUGGGAGUCUUUGAAGUGCUCUGCGACUUAUUCGAGAUCCAGUUUCUUGCGUCGGAGUGCGGCGGCGUCGGGCCCGGCCUUCGCCAGCCCCCCACCUUGUGCGGGUUCAGCCGGGGUGCCAUGUCCGUGCUCGAAGUAUUCAAGCACUUUCACCCGAAUCCACGGAGUACGGUUCUCAGCCCAGACACACGAAGUCGCUGCGCGGGCUCCUACCCGAAGACCCAACGGCUCUGGGAAAGGUACUAGACUGUCCGUUGCUUAUAGUAUAAGGUACAGAGUUUGCAUUUGCUGCAACAUUGAAGAUGCGGCUACCGCUCACCCUAGUGUGCAAAGAACAUAGCGCUUUUUAGACCCUAAAGAAGAACUCAGAGGCUGCCGCUCGGGUGGUUUUUCUUGUAUGAUUUUCUGUCGAAAUAAGACCACUACAUCUGAUGGAAGAUAGUAUUCCAAAGUUGGUCCUCUUGUUCCUACUGUUGUCUGCAAUACAACAGGGCCGUGGCGAUGUCCAUGUACUUUUUGUCUCCGGACCCGGACGCGCGGUUCUUUCAGCAGUACCUUCGCGAAAAUUUCAACGACGAAGAAGACCCUGGGCGGGACCUAUCGCUGACUCUCAUACUCCCAGAAAACGACCAGUGGUCUGCGGAGGGAAUCUCGGUAAUGAGCGCUAUUUGUGACGCAGUGAGUCCGCGGGCAAAGCGGAUGCGAAAGCCCCUUUCCUUGCACGAGUGGUGCGGAAGCGGCAAGCCAUUGACACACGACUUGCCGCCGAAGACGACCGGAACGUCGAGCUGCCCGUCUCCUUACGUGAAAUUGUUCGUGCAGAAAUUCCUCGGCGAUCGACUGCACUGCAUCUCUAUGGAAGGGCAGUAGGCGUAGUGACUUUACCGGGUGACUCUAGCCCUGAGAAAAAAUUACCCGGUUGGUCAUGGUCCAUGACGCGCAUGCAAAUCUCUAUUGGGGAUUUGCAUGCGCGCCUGCAUAGGUCAUGCAAAAAGCGCACGCAUAUUUUUUUGAGUCGACUUAGUUAUUGUUAUUGAGGUGGCGCUUCUUUUGUUGUUGUAUGAGGUCGCAGAAUAAAUAAGUGCUUCCUCGCCCACACCCCCGGUGGGGUGGUGCGUGGCCUGUGGCGCUCGGCGAUGGUGUCCACGAGUACUUCCAUGAUGAUGAUGAUGACGAUGAUGAAGCGCGGCGAGUGGACUUGUUUCGGGUCGUGUAUGGUCGUCUGCGUGGCAUACUAACAUAAAGGGUAGAGUGGCGCUUGUUUCUAGGGCUAGCAGUAUGCAGUCGUUAAAGUCACGGACUUUCCCGGUAUUCUCUUCGAGAAGGGCCAAGACCACGAUGGGGGGUUUGAUUGUUUUCGAGAUCACGCGAAAGUAGCCAAGCUGUUUCUUUGCCCACCAGCGGCAAACACUACCGGCUAGGUGGUUUGAACGAUCAUCUGACGCAAGCAUAUAGCGUUCUGUGAGGACCACUGUUCCUUGUGAAAUUCAGUGACUUGUUUAUGCUGAAGGGUACUUAUUCGUAU